UUCCCUUUUUAGUAAUGCCUUUAGACCUUGUUUUUCAGAGCAAACGGGACCAUCUCCUCAUGAACGUCAAGUGGUACUAUCGCCAGUCGGAGGUCCCAGACUCCGUCUACCAGCACUUGGUCCAGGACAGGCACAACGAGAAUGACUCUGGACGAGAGCUGGUUAUCACAGACCCCGUUAUCAAGAACAGAGAGCUCUUCAUUUCGGAUUACGUGGACACUUACCACGCUGCUGCCCUCAGAGGGAAGUGCAACAUCUCCCAUUUCUCUGACAUUUUUGCUGCUCGAGAGUUCAAAGCCAGAGUGGAUUCAUUUUUCUACAUCCUGGGCUAUAAUCCAGAGACAAGAGUUCAACAAAAGACUACCUCCAGUUUCAGUAAUUCUCACAUCACUAAAAAAAGUCUGAUUGUGGAAUAAAACCCUCAGCUAAUCUUAAAGCCAGAGACUGAGUGUUAACACCUUGAAUAGUGUUAAUCAAGGCAGUCAGGAGAGCUGCAAUGUGUUCCUGGCUCUCCAGGGUGUGGGAUGCAUCCACUGAGCUCAUCCUGCCAGCUGAGAAAGGAAACUCAUUUUACGUGGAGUACUUGAAAAUAA